UAAUGUUAGCCACGUCUGCGUAAAUUGGACUCAACCCAAGUCAAGAGAAAACGUAGAUAAAAGGAAAAGACCUCCAAGGUCUACUUUUACAAUCGGUUCAAUUCAAUAAAUAAAGAUUGAAUAACGAAAAUUUAAUAUCAAAUUGAAAAAAAAAAUCAGAUCGAAAUUUGAAAACCCCAAUUGUUCGAAGUCAGCCGGACAAGAAUUAUAAAUGGCGAAGCUAAGCUGCGAUUUCCGGUUCCUUCUCAUCCCUGCUGCAAUCGUGUUCAUUUACAUCCAGAUGCGGCUUUUCGCAACCCAAUCUGAAUAUGCUGAUCGAAUAGCUGAAGCGAUGGAUGCAGAGCACCAUUGUACUAGUCAAAUGCGACUACUUAUUGAUCAAAUAAGCAUGCAACAAGAACAAAUUGUGGCCCUGGAAGAGGCAAAGAAGCGAAAGGAGCAGGAGUGCACACAACUGAAGGCUCUUGUUCAAGAUCUUGAAAAGAAAGGCCUUCAAAGAAUAAUUGACAAAACACAGGUUCCAGUGGCAGCCAUUGUAAUCAUGGCAUGCAAUCGCGCUGAUUAUCUGGAAAGGACUAUUGCUUCUGUCUUAAAGUAUCAGAGCUCUGUCGCAUCAAAAUAUCCCCUUUUUGUGUCUCAGGAUGGAUCAGAUCCAAAUGUUAGAAGUAAGGCUUUGAGUUAUAAUCAGCUAACUUAUAUGCAGCAUAUAGAUUAUGAUCCAGUGCAUGCAGAAAGGCCUGGGGAAUUGAUUGCAUAUUACAAGAUUGCUCGUCACUACAAAUGGGCAUUGGAUGAGUUGUUCUACAAGCACAAUUUUGACCGAGUAAUCAUACUUGAAGAUGAUAUGGAAAUUGCCCCUGAUUUUUUUGAUUACUUUGAGGCAGCUGCAGCCCUUCUUGACAAGGAUAAGUCAAUUAUGGCUGUGUCUUCAUGGAAUGACAAUGGGCAAAAGCAGUUUGUGCAUGACCCAUAUGCACUUUACCGCUCAGAUUUCUUUCCUGGUCUUGGCUGGAUGCUUACUAGAUCUACAUGGAAUGAGCUGUCACCAAAGUGGCCAAAAGCUUACUGGGAUGACUGGUUGAGAUUAAAAGAGAAUCACAAAGGUAGACAAUUCCUUCGCCCUGAAGUGUGCAGAACAUAUAACUUUGGUGAGCAUGGUUCAAGCAUGGGGCAGUUUUUCCGACAAUAUCUUGAGCCUAUUAAGAUGAAUGACAUUAAGGUGGACUGGAAGUCACAGGAUUUGAGCUACCUAAUGGAGGACAAAUAUACGAAAUAUUUUGCCAAUAUUUUGAAAAUGGCAAAACCGGUCUCUGGUACGGAUGCUAUUCUUAAGGCAUCUAAUAUACAAGGUGACGUGCGUAUUCAGUAUAGAGACCAAUCAGACUUUGAACGCAUUGCUCGACACUUUGGAGUUUUUGAAGAAUGGAAGGAUGGUGUACCGAGGACAGCAUAUAAAGGAGUAGUAGUUUUCAGAUACCAGCCACCAAAACGUGUAUUUCUUGUUGGUCCUGACUCUCUACGGCAGCUUGGGAUUGAAAAUGCUUGAAAACUAAAAGUGAUCCUGAUGAAAUAUUUACAAAUGGCAGGCAGACGAAUAUUUAUGAUGGAGAUAAAUACUGGUUUAAAUCAAUUUUCUCCAUUAAAGAUUGACAUGAAUACAUCCACACUUGCGCAGGCAUUCGGUUCUCACAUAUAGUAGGCACUGAAGAGGUCUUUGAUUUUUGUAGGUUAUGAUGUAAUGACUUCAUCUUUUGUAAUUUGUUUUAUUUGAUAGUUACAUAGUUCUUCCAUGUGAAUGUAAAAGUAUGAUAAAUCCUAACAGAUUUUUUUCUGGUGAAACCUUUUAUUUGAAAAAAGAAAAUCAAAGACUAGUAAAAAUGAAUUAUAUCUAGAAGUUCCAAGAUGUAAUCUGGAAUUGUUUAAAACAUUUUAUUUUCUUUCAUUUAGUAAACUAAACCUUUCUAAAAUAUUUUGAUGGAAAAGAAUAUGUAAAACAGGUUAAAGGAAUAGACUUGUGCUUAUGUCAUCUUGCUCGGUAAGACUUCCUCGUCCAUAAGAAAAAGAAAUGGUUUUGGGUUUAUAAAUCAUGCAUUUUCGUUCUUUCCUGGUAAUACAUUUGGAUUGAAAUCGUGGAUCCAUGACAAGUAAUAGGAGGGCAGAUUUAACUCUUCACUGGUGUGAGGCUCUCGUGUUGUAUUGGGGGAGGGAAAAUGUCACGGAUUUCACUUCGAUAAGCCUAUGGGUGAUCUUGAGAUAAAUAAUGAGUCUUCCUUUCUACCUAAUAAGCAUAUGUUUUGAGUUGAAAACGUUGUAGAUUGGUGACAUCUACUGUUCGUUCUAACAGUGAUUCGUUGUAGAAAAUUCCUUGUCAGAAAGGCCUCCACCAUUUUCAUAGGCUUUGGGCCACUAGAAACCCAUUGGAAAGUCAUUGUCCAAAUUGCUUCCAAUCCUUUGUAACAGGCACAACUUCUCGACCCUUAGUUGAUUGAGCUAAUCCUAAUACUAAAACCCAACAGCCCACUCUACGAAAGCCUCCUUCCCUCGUCCCAACUCCGGCGCUAUGACCAUUCUUGUUUUGUAUCCAACAAACCAAUCCCUGAAUAACCUCCACGAAACCAACCAAACAGACUGAAAAUGUUAAAACCCCUUCUUCCGAAGAAACCUAACAAAACUGCGUUACUUCUCUUUUUCAUUCUCUCCUUCGUUCCCUCCAACUUGAAACUCGCUCAAGCUUUCUCUAACUAUCAACAAUGGUGGCUCGAUUCUCACUAAAAGACCCAAAAAAACCAAAUUAAAAGCGUUGAAAUCCUAGGUCAACAACUCCUCUCUUCGCGAGCUCACAUCAACAAUCUUCCUCUCCUACUCACCUUCAUCUCC